GAAAGGGCGUUAGAAUCCCUUCCUUCCUCUUCUCUGCAGUUCAAAAUUAACAAAGCUCAAAGUUAAAACCCUGAAACCUAGCUUCGCCACCACCGCAAGGACUGCCGCAGUCCGUCGCACUCAGGCAUCGCCUUGUUGUCCGCUCUUCUUCCUCAUUCAAGAGUCGCAACUUCUUCCUCGAGCUCGGCGUCAGUCCCUGGUCUUUGUCUGCUCUGUCGCGCUCAGGCACCACCGUCUUUGUCUGGUCGUGGUGCUCGAAGUUUCCAACCCACCAAUCGCAGCUUCUUCCUCGAACUCGGCAUCUUGGAGUCUGCCCUUCGUUUGCUCACCUGCAGCUCUUCCAAUCUACCACCGUCUUCGAGUCGUGUUUGUCGCCUGACCUUUGUCUCCGUCGCGCUUCUGCUCCUCUGCUUAGAGUGCUCAGAAGUCAGAACGAAGGAUUAGGAUUUAGCGGAUCAGCCUCCCUCACUGUCUCACAACUCACAAGCUCUGGUGUCUGGUCAGACUCUUCUCUAAAGCUCAACUCUCAAGCUCUCUCUCUCGUCUCUCCACUCAGCGUCUCUCUCUUCUCAUUCACCCACUCACUCACUCACUGUUCCUCCGUGGCCUCCGUUCCUUCCGCCGCCACCAGUGUACCACCUGACAACUUAGCUUCUUCUCUCUUUCUCUUCUCUGCGAGUCAGUUUGGUUCUGUGUGGUUGCCGCCAAAAUGUUGCGUAGAAAUAUUCGCAUGAGGAGGGAGUAUUUAUACAGGAAGAGCUUAGAAGGCAAAGAACGCUUGCUCUACGAAAAGAAGCGCAAGAUCAGAGAAGCACUUCAAGAAGGGAAGCCAAUACCUACUGAGCUUAGGAAUGAGGAGGCUGCACUUCGUCGAGAAAUCGAUCUCGAAGAUGAAAACACAGCUGUCCCGAGAACGCACAUUGAUGAUGAGUAUGCACAUGCUGCGGAAAAAGAUCCUAAAAUUUUGCUAACCACUUCCAGGGAUCCAAGUGCUCCUCUUCAACAGUUUGUAAAGGAGCUGAGUUAUGUCUUUCCGAAUGCACAAAGAAUGAAUCGUGGUGGCCAGGUUAUUUCUGAAAUUAUAGAGUCUUGCCGUGCACAUGAUUAUACAGAUGUUGUGUUGGUUCAUGAACAUCGUGGUGUGCCGGAUGGCUUAAUUGUCUGCCAUCUGCCAUAUGGUCCAACUGCAUAUUUUGGAUUGCUCAAUGUGGUUACAAGGCAUGAAAUUAAAGACAAGAAAGCCAUUGGUACAAUGCCCGAGGCUUAUCCACAUCUGAUUUUUGAUAAUUUCUCAACUAAGUUGGGUGAAAGGACUGCCAACAUUCUAAAGUAUCUUUUCCCAGUUCCAAAACCAGACACAAAACGUAUUGUGACUUUUUCCAACCAGUCUGACUAUGUAUCGUUUAGGCAUCACAUAUAUGAAAAGCAUGGAGGUCCGAAGUCUAUUGAACUAAAGGAAAUUGGUCCGCGGUUUGAGUUGCGACUUUAUCAGAUAAAGCUGGGAACUGUAGAUCAAGCUGAAGCUCAAAUAGAAUGGGUUAUUAGACCUUACAUGAACACGAGUAAAAAACGCAAGUUUCUCAGUGAUUGAUGUUGCCAUAACAAAAAGCCGCAAUGUUAAAGUAGUAUUUACGCAGCUUAACCUGAUACACGUUGAGUGCAUUUUUCAUCGUGACGGAACAUCGAGGAUGUCCUUAGUUCCUUAGUUUGAAAGAGAAUAUAAAAUUUUUGGAAUGAGCAUCAUUGUAAACUGCUAAAGCUAUGAAAAAGUGAGAAUGGAGUGUACUUUAUGAUUAUUUCUGGAAGAAAAUUGUUAUUUGCUUUUUCUUGGGAAUAUGAACAGUUCGUUUGAUA